AUGGGUAUUUCAAGAGAUUCACGUCAUAAACGUGCUGCCACUGGUGCUAAAAGAGCUCAAUUCAGAAAGAAGAGAAAGUUUGAAUUAGGAAGACAAGCAUCAUCAACCAGAUUAGGUCCAAAAAGAAUCCACUCAGUUAGAACUAGAGGUGGUAACCAAAAAUUUAGAGCUAUUAGAAUUGAAGGUGGUAACUUCUCAUGGGCUUCAGAAGGUGUCUCAAGAAAAACCAGAAUCGCUAGAGUUGUCUAUCAUCCAUCAAAUAAUGAAUUAGUUAGAACUAACACUUUAACUAAAGCUGCUAUUGUUCAAGUUGAUGCUACUCCAUUCAGACAAUGGUACGAAAACCAUUACGGUCAAACUUUAGGUAAAAAAUCUAAAGAUGAAGAAAAAGUUUCAAAAUCAAGAAAAGUUGAAAGAAAAUUAGCUUCAAGAGCUUCAAGUGCUAAUGUUGAAACCGGUGUUGAUUCCCAAUUCGGUAGUGGUAGAUUAUUAGCUGCUAUUUCUUCAAGACCAGGUCAAUCUGGUAGAUGUGAUGGUUACAUUUUAGAAGGUGAAGAAUUAGCUUUCUACCAAAGAAGAAUGACUGCCAAAAAAUAA